AUGUCGUUCCUUAACACCAUAAGAGGAUUUGGCAGAAGUUCCAAAAAAAACAAGAAGGAGUUAGAUUCACUGUCGUUAGUACACAACCAGAUCCAGUUUGCCAAUAGCCAUUCUCCAACCAAGGGACAUAGGUCCGGACAACAGAGUUCACGUCAGAUGCUGCCGAAGAGAUCGUCUCACUCAUCCACUCUGGCAUUUAAUGGCUCGUCAAGCAUUAAGGAACAACAGCUACCUCUAUUCCUUUGUGAGCCGUUUGUUAAGACUGCCCUCGUCAAGGGCUCUUUUAAAACCAUCGUGCAAUUGCCUAAGUACGUCGACUUUGGUGAGUGGUUGGCACUUAACAUUUUUGAGUUAUUCAACAACCUAAAUCAAUUUUACGGUGUGAUAGCAGACUAUGUCACACCAGAAGCAUAUCCGACUAUGAAUGCUGGACCACGUGCGAACUAUCUCUGGGUGGAUGGAAACGGGCAAACUGUCAACUUGCCAGCAUGCCAAUACAUCGAAUAUGUGAUCGCUUGGAUUUCAAACAAGAUCAAUGAUCAAUCAGUAUUUCCAACAAAGACGGGUGGUGCUUUUCCACCGAACUUCAUGAAAGAUUGUAAGAAUAUUUCUAGGCAAAUGUUCAGAAUCUUCGCCCACAUUUACCAUAAUCAUUUUGACAAAAUCGUCCAUCUCUCUUUGGAGGCGCAUUGGAACUCAUUCUUUGCGCACUUUAUCAGUCUCGUAAAGGAGUACAACUUAAUAGACAGAAACGAGCUUGAACCGUUAUUACCAUUGAUAUAA